CACUCGCAACGGGGCGCUUGUGUGUGUUCCUGACAAUCGGCACCGAAAAUUUGCGCUGAUUUACUUUUGUUUUUUGCUUCGCCUCGACGCGGCUUGGUGACUUGCUCGUCCGUCGGGAACCCUAAAAAUCUGCGCCCCUCCGUACCACAGCGGAACGCCCGUGCGGCCACCAUGUAAACGUUUGUUGGCGUGAUAUCUCGCACGCGUCUGCGCAUCGGUGACACGACGGGACUCCUGCUCCGCGAGCCUCAGGGGGAGCGGAAAGGAAAAAAGGAAGCCUCGGCGCAUUGCUAUCGCCGCGUUACAAUAGGCCACUCGAACGGGAGCGGCGAUGAAGCUCCGCGUCUCGCAGCACAGCUUCCACCAUGACGACAGCCCACAGAUCAAGGCUGUCGACGAAUCGAGCCCCGCCCUGGUGGGCAUCGGGGUGGGCAGCCUUGUGCUCGUGGUCGCUCUGGCCGCCGUCUCGUGCGCCUGCUACCGGCGCCGCGGGGUGGCGCAGGCCAAGGGUCCCUCGCAGCGCCGACACCCGGACAAGAACCUGCCCCUGAAGAAGUCGUCGGCCGUGCGGUCGCCCAGCAGCGGGCCGGCCGGCCCCAUCCUCAAGAAGUCGCCCAGUCCGACGGGGGGAAGCAAGUCUCCGCUAGGCGGCGGAGGACACAAGUCGCCCUCCAGUCAAGGUGGUCUGACGCCACCGACGGAGACGGCCCGCUCGAUAUGCGAGUCGGCGACCAAGGAAGUGCGCGCCGUGGUGCCGGCCGCGGCGGCAGCCUCGACUACCGGCGCCUCAGUUGUCGCUUCGACAGCCAGGGCGCAUGUAGACGGGGACAAGAAGGACGUCAGCCCGCCGGCAGCGGAAGACGUCGCCGACACCAAGGAGAAAGAGGUGACGGAAGAGAAGCCCACGCAGCUCGGCCAGCUGCACUUCCGGCUGCGUUACAACUCGGAGAAGCACGCGCUGCUGGUGACCAUCGAGCGCUGCUCGGACCUGCCGGCGCGGGACCCGAACACGGGGUCCUCCGACCCCUACGUCAAGCUACAGCUGCUGCCCGAGAAGCAGCACAAGGUGAAGACGCGCGUCCUGCGGCGCACUCUGAGCCCGGUGUACGACGAGGACUUCACUUUCUACGGCAUCAACCCGAACCAGCUGCAGGCCACUACGCUGCACUUCGUCGUGCUCAGCUUCGACCGGUACUCGCGCGAUGACGUCAUCGGCGAAGUGGUCUGCUCCAUGGCGGGUCUGGACACCGACCACCUCGACAAGACGCUCGCCCUGUCGCGAGACAUCGCGCCCCGGCACUUCAAGAUUCGUUCCCAGGGCCGCGGCGAGCUGCUCGUCUCUCUGUGCCACCAGCCGGCGGCCAACCGACUCACCGUGGUGGUCCUCAAGGCUCGGAACUUGCCCAAGGUGGACAUCACCGGACUCUGCGAUCCGUACGUGAAGAUCUACCUGCUGUACAACGAGCAGCGGAUCGCCAAGAAGAAGACGCACAUCAAGAAGCGCACGGUGAACCCGGUGUUCAACGAGUCGUUCGUGUUCGAGGUGCCGUACAACGAGGGCCUGGACAACCUGAGCCUCGAGUUCCUUGUGCUCGACUGGGACCGGGUGACCAAGAACGAGGUGGUGGGCCGCCUGCAGCUGGGCCCGCGCGGGUCGCCCGCCGCGCAGCAGCACUGGCGCGAGGUGCGUAACUCUCCGAGGCGCCAGAUCGCCGAGUGGCACAAGCUCAGGGAGUAGUGGAGUGGGCGGCCGCGGCCUGCGCCUCGGGAAGGUUCAGGAGGGAGCAGCACGGCUCUGUCUGCGGAUUCAGGCAUCUAGGACGCAAAGAGCGACUUGAAUCAGACAGAGGAACGGCGAGACACCUUGUCGCUUGCUUCUGAUGUUCGUUGACCUUGUGGCUCUGCAUACAAUCUUUCAUUUCCUGAACGGAAUAUCAUUUUUGACACCUACCGAUGCUUACGUGAAUUUGAAUUUAACGUUUUCUGAUGACUCCACGAUGCUUUUUCGCCAUUUUAGAGAGGCUAGAUAAACUGACGUCACUUGUGGGUAAACCUUUCUUCGCACACGUUUGUCCUCACGAACACUUUGCGGCAAGUGUUUUCCGAGUGGUGAGUGUAGCUUACAAAAUAAUUUCUUUUUCUGCGCUUAUCGCGGCUUGCAUUCUUACUGAUUAAGAAGUUUUUGAAUGUUCUGAGACGCAUUGCUGCUUAGUGCGUUGUCAUACGCGUUGUAUACCCUAAAGUGCGGCCUCGGUCAGUAUAUUGAAAGGCAUAUGCAAAUGAUGCUUUGUACAUACGCGUCGUGGUGCGUAGCCUAAUCUGUUAGAAUGAUAAGUGUAUUUGCUUUUUUCCCUCUCUCGGUUGCUUCCUCAUCGGCGACGCGUUAUAGCUUAAACCGAGUUAAGCUUUUUGUUGCAGUUUCAGCAAUGCGAUGAAACCUACCCUUUCUUUUAAUGAGAACACCUACUUUUUCUUUUGCACUGACUGAAAACUUCCUUUACCUACUAAAGUAGAGAGUGUCCUCGAAUUCGGUGUGCUUCUUGUUCUACGGAAAAUGAAACUUUAUUUGCUAAGAUCCAAUUGCACCUGUUCAAUAAGACCUUCGAUAAUACCUAGCUAUACAGUUAACAGAGUGGCGUGUGAGUGGAUACGUACAUGUGUGGCAACUCAGUAUCAUUAACAAAGGAACUGGUAAUUACGCUACCAUUCAUGCACACCAGACAUACGUGUCGCGAUAGCCCUCAAUAAAAGCUACAGCUGCAUACAAAGUCGCAGUAUUUAAAUAUACAUGGGGCAUCGACAUGAGCUUCUACCACGAGAUAGUUUUCUUACAUCGUCGCCUUUUUCUUGCAACUUAUAUUUAAGCCGAAGCGAAGCUGUGUAUUAUUAUAAUAGUGAUGGGAGUAAAAGCUUUUUGUGAUAAGUGAGACAGACUAGGUGACUUAGGCAAAACAAAUUAAAAGAAUUAAGCGCGAACUUUUGUCACACGUGAGGACAGCUUGCAGGUGUGCGUCGUACACUUCAAAGAUGCCGAAAUAUUUGUCACCCUCAAUUCAAAGCACCGCACGACACACCAACACAAACGCGCCUGUUGCACUUACAUCGCAAACAAACACAAAAAAACACGCACACUACACACCAGCAGCGGCCGGGCGUAGCAAAAAAGUGUCCCGACGAUGACAUUCGCGGGUACCCACACGGAGCUUGCGUUUUUUGUGAGUGGCCCAUAGAGGGCGCUUCCUCUGAAAGAGUUUCAACGUUGAACGGUUUCGCUUUCCUACAUGAACGACAUAUCGUGUUGGCGUGGAAUGUGCACAUGCGAGUGCUUGCACGCACGCACAUGUAAAUGAUGCGCGACGGACCUUUGCAAGCAACGUUCGGGACGCCCGUACGAAAGUUGUUUACUCCCAACCCUGUACAUACGAUGACCCACCAUAGACCACGCGGUGCGUGCCGGCAGCGGCAGAGUAUUUUAUGUACCACGUUGAUGAUGACAGAGAAUGGACGUAGCACUUUUGUUCUCUUCUUCGAUGUCUAUACUACUACUUCGACAACUACUACUACACGAGUAUUGCGAGCGUGCGUAUAGUCGUGUUCUGUCGAGAUGCAUGCGUCUAAGUAAUGAGGCAAAGUGCAGCGACGAAACAAAGCCUACUUAUCUCUAUCCCGCUGUUACGAAAACAUGUCUCCGCUCUAUUGCCACCUCUGACCGAGUGAAGUCCCCCUUUUUCCCGCCAACCUAUAGCGUGUUAUGCCCUUGUUACCAUCUCCGAAUGUGACCGCGUAUAUGGUUCGCGCGCCGCUAUACGGAACAUAUUGUGUCGCUGUCAUAGGACGAUGCAGACUGAACAACGUGCGCGGGUAUGUGUGCGACUGUGUUGUUGCGCCUCACUUCCCAUUGCCCGCCUCCCUAUCUCCCUAUUCGCCCAUACAACCUUGCCACACCCCCUCCUCUCAGCCUCCCCUCCUCAUCCCCCCCCCAAUCCAACCUUUCCCCAUUUUAGGGCCGAUCUCGUUGUGCGCAACGAGAUCGUAUAAUACCCGUAUAAUAGACGUGAGGUAACAUGUCUUUACUUGACGUAUCGUGCUGUAAAGUAAAAAUAUUACACCGCUGGUCAGGCGCGAAGCGUCGCGGGCGCAUUGUUGCAAAUCGAGCCUGUGGCGGAGGAAAUGACGUGCUCUCUGUAAUCUGCGCAGAAUCGCAAACCAGUAGGUUGUUCUUUUCCUUUUUUUGUGUGACUUUCAUUGAAGUGGUUCCGCAAUAAACACAACUUUAUCGGAAA